AGAGAUCCACAUCGACGACGACCGCGGUGAGCACCCUUCUCACGACGACGGGGACGACUAUCACGACGAAGAUAAAGACCAAUACAGCGUGAGAACUGUCCUGCACACGACCUGUGCCUGUCAUGUCAUCCCCGCUCGCGCUCUAUGAGCCCCUCGACAUCAUCGGCAAUGGUUCUUUUGGUAUUAUCCGCAAAGUCAGUAGAAAGGCGGACGGUGUGAUCUUCGCGAGGAAGGAGCUGAAUUUUGAGCGCAUGUCGGAACGGGACAGGAAGCAGAUUGUAGCCGAAGUGUAA